GUUUGACGAAUACCAUAGUUGGUGCACUUAACUACUGAAUAAGCCGUUUGUCCGUCAUCGUGUCGGUUUGGUUUAAUAGUUUUUUCAAAAAAUUAAGUUUGUUUUCUUAAGUAAAUGUUUAAGCAUUAAGAUAAACCAAUAAUGAAUACGGAUACUAACCCGAUUAGACGGCGAAUUGUGACGCCAACUUCUGAUCAAUAUAACACAGAUCCAUUGCUUAGACAUGCUUUUACUUAUGAAGAGGAAAAACCACCCUAUUUGAAAUACAUUACAACGAAAAACAAAAUCAACGCAUAUUGGGGCCCGGUAUUCUUCGCAUUCUGGAUACUACUCUAUUAUUGCAUUGCAAUUCCAGCCUUUCAUCAUCUUCCGAAGCCAAUUAAUAUCAAGGAUGAGCCCAAAAAUCCUGAUCGAUUUAUUGCGGAACGUGCCGAAGUUAAUUUACGUCGUCUUGUCGAUAUCGGACCACGUGUAGUUGGUAGCAAGGCUAAUGAACAAAUUACCGUAAAUUUCUUCCUUGAUACAAUACGAAAAAUCAAACAGGAUGCCCACCAGGAUGUGGAUAUUGAGGUGGAUGUUCAAGUUGCAUCGGGCAGUUAUAUCCAUUGGGAGAUGGUCAAUAUGUAUCAAGGUGUUCAGAAUGUUGUUGUUAAGGUCGGGCAGAAGGAUUCGAAUAGUACAUCGUAUUUGUUGAUCAAUAGUCAUUUUGAUUCGGUUCCAGGAGGACCAGGCGCUGGCGAUGAUGGUACUAUGGUUGCUGUUAUGUUGGAGGUCUUGAGAGUUAUAUCGAAAGCAACGCCUUUGAAAAGUCCAAUUUUAUUUCUUUUCAAUGGAGCCGAGGAAAAUCCACUGCAAGCUUCUCAUGCUUUUAUCACGCAGCACAAAUGGGCAAAAUAUGUUAAAGCGCUUAUUAAUUUAGAUUCAGCUGGAAGUGGGGGUAGGGAGCUUCUUUUCCAAUCUGGACCAAAUCAUCCAUGGCUUAUGCGAUUAUAUAGAAAAAGUGCUAUGCAUCCCUUUGCAUCAACAGUUGCCGAAGAAAUGUUCCAAAGACAUUUCAUUCCAUCAGACACAGAUUUUCGGAUUUUCAGAGAUCAUGGACGAGUUCCUGGACUCGAUAUGGCUCACAACUAUAAUGGCUACGUCUAUCAUACACCCUUCGACCGACCAGAAAUCAUUCCCCGUGGAACAUUCCAGCACACCGGUGACAAUGUCCUGGGACUGGCCAGAGCAAUAGCCAACUCAUCAGAACUCCAAGACCCAUCGCAAUACGCCGAAGGACACACUGUCUUCUAUGACAUUUUGGGUUACUUCCUCAUCUUCUACUCCGAAACCGAAGGUAUCAUACUCAACAUCAUUGUUUGCAUCAUAGCCCUUAGUUCGAUUGGAGCCUCCUACUUCCUCAUGUCCCAGGACACUGGCAUAACAGUUGAUAGGAUAAUCAAAAGGGGCUCAAUAUUGUUUGGAGUUCAUGUUUUCGGAUGUAUCGCAGGGAUAGCUCUCACCUUCCUCCUUGGAGUUUUCAUGGAUUUGCUGCAUAUGCCAAUGUCAUGGUUCACAAAUUCAUGGCUCAUACUGGGGCUGUACUUCUGCCCACUGUUCUUCGGAAUGGGCAUUGUUCCAGCUGUGUUCAUUGCCAAAACUAAGGAUGAUCGUCUGCCAGUUUCGUUUAGAGUGCAUCUUCUGCUGCAUGGCCAUUGUAUAUUCUUGGUGCUGUUAACCUUGAUAAUGACCAUCUGCGGCAUUCGUUCGGCUUUUAUGCUUAUGCUGACGAUUCUAUUUUAUUCCAUGGGACUUAUUAUCAACCUAAUCACAAAGUUGCACAACCAACCUCUCUUAUGGAUGCUGCCUCAUGUUCUGUGCCAAAUAUUUCCAUUCCUAUUUUACGCCUACUUGUCACAUGGAUUUUUUGUAGCCUUCAUUCCGAUGUGUGGACGGUUUGGCGCAAAAACCAACCCCGAAUUGAUUAUUUGUGCUUUUACUGUGGGUGUUGGGAUUCUAUGUGGAGCCUUUAUGAUGCCAGUAUUAAAUCUCUUCAAAAAGUCCAAAACUCUCAUCUCAUCGCUGCUCGUUAUAACUGUGUUUUUCAUCAUUUUAGCAGCCACACCAAUUGGUUUUCCAUAUCGUCCUGAAACAUCAGUGCAACGGUUUUCAAUUUUGCACACUCGAAGAGUAUUCCAUGAAGCAGACUUAUCAGUGCGUAGAAUGGAGACCGGAUAUUUCAUAUUCCCUAACGAUAGACGAACUUAUUCAGUCAAACAACAAGCUCUCAACAUGACCAAAGCCCGAACUCUUACCCCAGAUUGUGAAUCUGAAGUAUUUUGUGGUUUGCCUGUUUACAAUCACAGGUGGCAUAAGGCAAGGAGUUCAAGUUUGUGGAUUCCAGGACCAGAUCCGGUAUUUGAUAAACUUCCGGAAUUGACGAUUGUUUCGAAAAAUCAAAUUUCAAAAACCAAAAUACGCUAUGAAAUGAAGCUUUCAGGACCUGAUCAUAUGAGUAUAUUUAUUAAUCCAUUGCAUGGAGCAAAAGUCAAGAACUGGAGCUUCCACCAGACACCAUUGAGACUUGAUUGGCAAGCUCCGUACUUCAUCUACUUCUCUUAUGGCAUCGAUAGGAAGCCAUUGAAUUUCUUUGUAGAACUUGAGCGAACCACCGGUGACUGGAGUUUGGAAAAUAUUGAAAUUGGAAUAAGUGGUCAUUGGAAUCAUGACGAAGCAAUGAAAACACCAGAGUUCAAGACUUUCUUGGCCAGUUUUCCCAAAUAUGUCGAUGCAGCUGCAUGGCCAAGUUCUUAUGAAUCAUGGAAAUAUUGAUUCCAAAAAUGUUCACAACAAUUCGUUUUUUUUUUUCAUCAUAAACUGUCGUCACAUAAUUUCUUUAUGUUAAACUUAAUUUUUUUAAA